UAAUCUAUGAAGGUUAGUUUAACGGAGAUUGGUUUCUGCCAGUAGAGGGCGCUCGUGUAACCGAAGCAAUGACACACAUCCGAGUCUAGGAGAAGAAGGGAAGGGAACAUAAACAUGUGAAAUGGAACACAGCCGUUCAUUCUGCGCUGAAUCUGCUCAUUAAUAGACUGAGAUGAAGAAGUAAGCAGGAGGAAUUACUCCAGGAGAAACUACUGACAUACUAUUGUAAAGAUGGAGUUUAAGGAAGAACCCUGCAGAAUAAAAGAUGAAGAUACAGAGGAACAAAUAGACCUGAUGGAAGUGAGUGAAGACAAACAGCAUCAUUUCACAAAUGAAGAUGGAAAACUGGCAUAUAAAAAUGAAGACAAACAACAUCUGCUUCAAAACACUCAUCAUUUCAAAAAUGAAGAUGGAAAUGCAGUCAUUUUAAAGACUGAAGAUAAUUUCACCCAAAAACAAGCUGGACAAUCUGUAGUCAAAGGAUCUUUAACCUGCUUGGAGUGUGGAAAGAGUUACACAUAUAAAUCACACUUUAACAGACAUCUGAAAUCUCACACUGGAGAAAAACUGUUCACCUGCUCUGAGUGUGGAAAGAGUUUCACAAAUAAACCACAAUUUAUCAGACACAUGAGAAUCCACACUGGAGAAAAUCUGUUCACAUGCACUCAGUGUGGAAAGAGUUUCUCAGAUAAAUCAGUACUUAACAGACACAUGAUGAUUCACACAGGAGAAAAACCGUUCACAUGCACUCAGUGUGGAAAGAGUUUUAAUUGCAAAAGAGUUCUCAACAAUCAUCUGCGCAUUCACACUGGAGUGAGAUCAUUCAGCUGUGAUCAGUGUGAUAAAAAAUUUGUUGUUGCAUCAUGCUUAAGAAGACACCUUACAAUUCAUGCUGGUGUCAAGCCUCACUUUUGUUCUUUUUGUGGAAAGAGUUUUUCACUACUUAAGUAUUUAAAAGUGCAUGAGCGUAUUCAUACUGGUGUGAGACCUUAUGUGUGCUCUGACUGUGGGAAAAGCUUUAAUACAAACACACAUCUACAAUUACACCAGAGAAGUCAUACGGGAGAGAAACCGUACAAGUGCUCACACUGUGGAAAGAGUUUCGCUCGGUCAGGAGACAUGAAAGAUCAUGAGAGAGUUCAUACUGGAGAGAAGCCGUACCAGUGCUCUUCAUGUGGGAAUAGAUUCACCCGAUCAUCUCAUCUACGGACUCACGAGAAAAAGCAUUGCCCAAAGUUAUCUAAAUAAGCCCAAAGUUGCCCAUUGCCCAAAGUUUUUAUUAUUAUUUUAUUGUUUUAUAAAACUUAUUAUUCCUUAAGUAUUCCUAUUAUACAGUUAUCUUCUUUCUCUCUGUUUUUAUAUAUGUUUAGUCCAUUUUCCCCAGUGUUUUUCAAAGGUCUCUUCUUGUAAUCUCAACUUAAAUGUCAGCUUUAUGAAUUUCUCUGACAAUUUGUUCCCAGUGGGUUCUCGUUGGGGGAAGACGUUGGAGCCAUAAGUAAUUGUUUUUUUUUUGAAUGCUGCUACUAGUAUCUUCAGUAAAUAUUCAUUCCUAUUAUUAAUUAUAUUACCAAGAAAUAGAAUAUAACCUGUUUCCCCACUCUCAAUCUCUAAGAUUUCUUCUAUACUUGAGUGUAUUUCUGAUCAAUACAGUUUCAAAACUGGGCAGGCCCAGAUAAGUUUUAUUUAUAUAGCGCCUUUCCAGGGAUCAAGGAUGCUUUACAAUGUACAUUUAUCAAGGAAAAGAUAAUACAAGUAGACAAUGAUGAAAAACAACAAUGGACAGGGAAGCAUACAGAAGAAUAGCGUCAAGUACAAUAAAAUACAAAACAGGACUUAAGAGACAUAACAUAACAUUCAGAGAACUAUUAGUAAUUAUGCAGAACAAUCAAUUCAUCAAAGGUAUAACAUUUAGAAAACAAGUGAGUUUUGAGUAUUGAUUUAAAUUCAGAUAUAUUAUUAACACAACAGAGUGAGUAGGGGAGAGAAUUCCAGAGUUUGGGUGCAAUAACACUGAAUGAUCUGCCCCCCAUUGAAGAGAGGCGAUGGCCAGAGUCGGAGGAACGUAGUGAGCGAGUCGGAGUGUAGGAGACGAGCAUAUUACAGAGAUAAGGGGGAGCCAAGCCAUGCAAAGAUUUAAAAGCGAGCAGAAAUAUGUACAUAAUCAACCACUUGUGUACCGCACUGCCUCCAGCAGGAGCUUAGAUUUGCUACUCCUUUUUGUUUGGCUUUUACUUUGGGCGAGAAUUUUUUCCAACAAAAUUCUUUUAAAGCCCUAGAAUGACUAGUCACACACUGUGAAUGCCACAAAUUUAGCCAUUCUUCUUCUGGGAUAAAAAUCUGCAAUUCCUUUUCCCACUUUUCAUUAAUAUAAUUAGUUGAGUGACCUUUAAUAUCUUGAGUGAUCUGUAUAUAUACCAGAUAUUAAUCUUUUUUUAGUCAUUUGUAUUAUAAGCAUUAAUAAAUAUUUUUAUUAAAGGGGAGCAAUCAUUUAUUGCUCUUCUAAUUGUUGCAUCGUAAUAGUGUCUAUGCCCAAAGCUAAGUAUUUUCCAUUGUAUCUGUUUUAUCUCGGGAAGCCCGAGGUAACUAGAGAGUAUGUCAGCUCCAGUUUGGAUCCAGCUUCUUAGGGAGGCUUCAGAUACACUAAGACCUGUGUAGAGAUGGUGCCAACUCCUGACACAAACUUUGAAUCAGCAUGCACCAAUGCAAAAUUUUUCUAUGUAUCCUAAUAAUUUAACAACAUGCAUUCAUGAGCUCAUAGUUUCUGCCUUAAAUUAAUACAUUGUUUAAAUGAAUACAUUGUUAUCUAACUGUGUGAUUUGUAUAUGUACAUAAAUGCAUAACUUGGACACAAUCACCUCUGAUAACAGAUCACUCUAAAUUGUAAUGUAGACACAUGCAUUUUCUGUAAA